AUGACCACCAGCUUCCAGGAGCCUCCGCCCGAAGACACGGUGGCCCUUCUGCACCGGGCCAAGGAGCCAGGAGGCGGCAGCGAAGGGGCGUCCAAAGGCGAACUGAGCCCGGCUUCCAGCAGCAAGGCGCCUUCGUCCAUCGGAACCGCGGCGGCGGCGGCGGCAGCGGCGGAGAAGUGCGACCCCACGCAGAAGCCGCCCUACUCCUACGUGGCGCUGAUCGCCAUGGCCAUCCGCGAGAGCGCCGAGAAGCGCCUGACUCUGUCGGGCAUCUACCAGUACAUCAUCAGCAAGUUCCCCUUCUACGAGAAGAACAAGAAGGGCUGGCAGAACAGCAUCCGCCACAACCUCAGCCUCAACGAGUGCUUCAUCAAAGUGCCGCGAGAGGGCGGCGGAGAGCGCAAAGGCAACUACUGGACGCUCGACCCGGCCUGCGAGGACAUGUUCGAGAAGGGCAACUACCGCCGCCGCCGCCGCAUGAAGAGGCCCUUCCGCCCGCCCACGGGCCACUUCCAGCCGGGCAAGAGCCUGUUCGGAGCUGCGGCUGAGGCGGCCGGCUACGGUUACCUCACGGCGCCACCCGCCAAGUACCUGCAGGCACCUUUCCUCAACGCCGCCGCUUCCUGGUCUUUGGCGCAGCCCGCGCCGCCGCCGCCGCCUCAGGCGCCCUCAGCCGCUUCCUACGGGGCCUGUCAAAUGGCGGCUGUGGAGGCAGGCGGCGGCGGCGGCAGCCCGGGUGGCAACGGCGGCGGCGGCAGCCCUGUCAGCGCCGUGAAGGGAAUGGGACUCUCGGCCGGGCCCGCCGGCGCUGCCUCAGCCUACGGCCCUUACUCGCGCCUUCCAGCCAUGGUGAACUCGUACAACGGCAUGGGCCACCACCAUGCCCACCACCACCCGCACGCCCACCACCACCACCCGCACGCCCACCACCAUCACCACCACCACCACCACGCGGCCCAGCAGCUCGGCGCGGCGGCGGUGGCGGCGGCUGCAGCCGCAGCGGCCGCCGCCUCGGCGGGAAAUCCUUCCCCUCAAGCGGCGCCCAACGGAGCCGGCGGCCUGCAGUUCGCCUGCGCGCGCCAGCCGCCCGAGCUGGCCAUGAUGCACUGUUCGUACUGGGACCACGAGAGCAAACACAGCCCGCUGCACCCCCGGAUAGACCUCUGAGGAGGCGGACGAGAGCCGCGUCUCUGCCCCGCAGCCCACCGACCCCCUUUCCCGCGCAAAGAGUUGUCUUUUUUUUCCUGAAGAAAAGCUUGGAUCGCCUUUCCUCGUCAUUUUCCUUUCCUGAUGCCCAGCGCAUGCAGUCACUUUCAGGGGAGAAAGACCCCUCCACCACCACCACCACCCCAAAAACCCCUCCGUGUCUUUUGCAGCUCUCAGGAUCCUCUCCGGCUGCAGGUGAAGGCAAGCACGACGUCCCCUAGGACUUUUCCCACCACCUCUUCCUCCUCCUCCUUUGCUUCGAGUAGCUCGGCUUUGGGAUUUAAAUCCUCUUCUCGGUCAGUAGUUUUUAGUGGGGUGGGUUUAGGCAACUCACCGUUUUACUCAAUCUCCCUAGUACAAGCCCUAAUAAAGCUAAAGUCACCUCCGGAUAUUUUUUUUAGUUGCUUUAUAAAUAACACUGGCAAUACAACACGGAUGGAGACUGUAGUAGAAGAAGACGUCCUUUGCGUGGUUAUCCCGAACUUACUUUGCAGAAGCAGGGAGAGUUGGUAGUAAGUAACGUUUUUAAGAUCGAAACGUGGGUCUUAAUUGCAGGGGCUUUUGCUUUGCAUUGGGAGUUUAAACGGGGUUAA